AUGAUGUAUUUUAUUUUAUACUUCAUAAGAUAGCUUUAAUAAUGUAGAUAAUUGAAAAGAUCUCAUCUAGUAAUGAUUUUUUACUGAUUAAAGAUUAAAAAGGACUAAAAUUUAUUAAUAAAAUAAUAAAAAUGAUAAAAUUGGGACAUAUGUUAGCACAAGAACAAGCAAAAUUAAAAUCAGAAAUGCAAGUUGCGUCUAGAUAAAAGAAAUACAGAAAUGCUACAGCAUCUACAUUGUAAGAAGCACACUAACAACAAGCUAUCCAAACAUAUCGAAAACAUCGACAUUGUUAUAAAAGUCAUAAGCUAGUCCAACCAAUUCUACGAAUUAUUUGAGUUAUAAUUGCUCACCAAUAUCAUCACCAAAAUACUUUUCAUAUUCUCCUGAUCCAGAUCAAAUGUUUGGAAUAAAGAAUAACUAAGUUUAAACAUCUUAAAUAAACAAAUUAGAAAUGAUUUAAUAGGCACCGAAUAAACCACCAUUGAAAAGAGUUAACAAACUUACAAAUUUGAGAAAUAUUAAUAACAAUAGUAUAAGUUAACCACAUUCAUUAAAGAAUGAGGAAUCAAAAGAAAAACUAUUAGAAUAAACUCACUUUUUAUGUGCGAUUAUGUAAUAAUAACAUAGUGUAACUGGUAAGAUUGUAACUAAUUUUUUAAAUGGACGUCUUGAAAAAAAUAGCUAUGAAUCUAUAAUUUCAAUGGAGAAAUCAGCAUAAGCAUUAUAAUAAUCCGCAAAAGAAAUGUCAAAAGCUUUGUAUGCUUCUGAUGAUGAAGGAGAGUUUGAGAAUUUGUAGAAUAAAUUUAUAGAUUAAUUACGAUUUUCAAAAUACAGAAAACCAAAUUAAGAAAAAAAUAUUGUAUUUAAAAGAAAUUAUGGUUAAAAACAUGAAAUGAUGAUAGAUUAAGUAGUUUAAUAAAGGUAAAAAUCUGAGGAGAAUUAGGAUUUUGAUGUAUUUAUUCCAAAAUCAUAAAUGGAUUAAUUUUUUAAGUAGAACUAUAUUAAUGAUUUAGAAUAAUAUAAGAUAAAAUAGAUGGAAGAAUGAUAGAAUAAAAAUAAUAGUUGAUAAAGGAAGAAUAAAAAUUAGU